CCAAUUAAAAGUUUUCCACUACUAUGUUUGAGUGAUCAGAAAAUUAACCAAUCCCUGUCAAUAAUAUGAUUAUUUUCAGCAAAUAAAUUUUACAUAUUCAGAAACUGCAUUAAAGGUUUUACAAAGUCACAAAGAAAAAACUCAAAUUUGAUAAAAAUCGAAUAUAUAAAUUAAAGUAAAUGAUUAAGAAUACAUUAUGUUGACCGAUAAAUAUGAAUGAGAACCUAUGUAGCACAAAAAUUCUCAGGAAAGAGUACGUUUCCGUUUCAGAAACUCUAUGAAAACUUUUUGGAAACUCUUCGAACAAGCAUUUUGAACAAAAGUUGACGUUUCCCGUCUCCCGUUUCAUCACGAUUUUCUCCUUUCCGUGCAACAUAGAAAUAACCUUUAUAUGUGCUAAGAGGGAGGUAAUAAUUAAUUAAUUAACUAAUUAAACAAGCUACUAUACGCUAGUGUACAUAUUAACAUAUAUACUCAUAUAUAAAUAUAAUUUCAAAACUUCAUGGAAUGAGUUUUAGCUCUGAUUAAUUACCCCAGGCCCCCUCCCCCGACCUCUGGAGUUAAAAAAAAUCAAACUUCCCCUAACAAAGCUAAUUAAGCCAAGCUGCCCUCCACAUUAUCUAGCGGUGCAUGGUCCUCGUCACCCCCACCAUUUCAUACUUAUCUUUCUAUGGCAUAUCAUAUAGGACACGUACCCUACCUACGCAUACUAUACUAUAUAUAUAGGAGAUAUGCGUAGUCUGACUAGAAUUGAAGUACGUGGAUCCAUCAAUUUACGGAGUGUAUAAUAUUAAAGCGUUGAAAUUUGGCAGCAGAUCGGAGUUAGAACUGAAAUAGUACAUACGUAGGAAUGAAGCCUAUGAUCAUGAGGAGUUUUGAUAGUUCAAUUCAUGUUUUGGGAGUGUGCUUCGUACUGCUAAUUUGCACUUGCCAGUUUACUGCAACAACGUCUGCUCAUCGCGAUCGGAGAAUGAACGAAGACGAUGACGAAUCCUCGGGUUUAGGACGGGCGGUGAUGGUAACGGAAAGGGGCCUUCUGGCAAAUGAGCUCGCUCUUAGACCCCAGAUGGGAUGGAGCACCUGGAAUCAUUUCCAUUGCGAUAUAAAUGAAAACCUUAUUCGAGAAACCGCUGAUGCAAUGGUCUCAACUGGGCUUGCUUCCUUGGGAUAUCAAUAUAUCAAUAUCGAUGAUUGUUGGGCUGAACAAAAUCGAGAUGACCAGGGAAACUUGGUCCCAAAAGGCACUUCAUUUCCUUCUGGAAUCGCAACGUUAGCGGAUUAUGUUCACCAAAGAGGGUUGAAGCUUGGGAUUUACUCUGAUGCUGGCACACAGACAUGCAGUAAUACUAUGCCGGGAUCAUUGGGUUAUGAAGAACAAGAUGCCAGAACGUUUGCCUCAUGGGGAAUCGACUACCUUAAGUAUGACAAUUGUAAUAACAAUAAAGAAGAUGUUAAGGGAAGGUACUAUAAAAUGAAGGAGGCACUGCUUAACUCGGGAAGGAACAUCUUUUUUUCUAUGUGCGAAUGGGGACAAGAAGAUGUUGCCACUUGGGGACAAACUGCGGGGAAUAGUUGGAGAACGAGCGGAGACAUUGAAGACAAAUGGGAAAGUAUGACUUCAAAUGCUGAUCAAAAUGACCAUUGGGCAUCUUAUGCAUACCCGGGUGGAUGGAAUGAUCCUGAUAUUUUGGAAGUUGGAAACGGCGGCAUGACUUACUCGGAAUAUCGCUCGCAUUUCAGCAUUUGGGCAUUGGCUAAAGCUCCUUUAGUAAUUGGUUGCGAUAUCCGAUCAUUGGACAACUCCUCCUACGAAAUCCUUAGCAAUAAAGAGGUGAUUGAUGUUAAUCAAGAUGGACUCGGUCAUCAGGGGACAAAAGUUAAACAAGAUGGAGAUUUGGAGGUUUGGGCAGGGCCAUUGAGUGGGAACAGAGUGGCUGUGGUGCUGUGGAAUAGAGGAUCAACAGAGGCAACCAUUACCGCUUACUGGUCGGAUAUUGGCCUCAACUCAUCCAACACCGUCCACGCACGUGACCUCUGGGCGCAUACAAGGGUGAAAUCAGUUAAAGGACAAAUUUCAGCUAGUGUUCCUACACAUGAUUGCAAAAUGUAUGUGCUUACUCCAACUUCAAACCACAAGAACCGAAAGGCUCCAAUAGGUUUGCUUGUGUAAUUAAGAAAAAUGGAUGUUUCUAUACCAAUAUUAGUAAUUACGGAGUAAUAUAGUGUCAAAACAUUGUAACAAGUCGUCAUCUUUUUGUUAGUUUUACCUGUUUUAUUUUCCUAGUAAAUUGUGUUGUUACCUUUACUCUAUAUAACUAAUAUACUCCGUAUAAU